AUGUCUCGCCAGGACCACGUGUCGAGCGCAAGCAAGACCGAGGCCUACUAUCUAAAAUUGAUCAACGUUGAUUGGAUGCAGCUCCCUCCCCACACUCGGUGGCAGGAUCUCGAGGCCUUCGUAUCACAGAGCUGCGAAGUCGAUCGCGUUUUUGUUGUCCCCAAAACGGGCCAGGGAUGGGUCUGUGUUAAGCACAGGCAUAAUUUCCUCAAGGCAUACGAAUGCCUGCACCAAGCCAGAUUCAGGGGCAAUACACUUUACGUCUCCGAGCAUAAUGAGGACGGACCUAUCUUCAUCAGACUGCCUCUGGAUGCCGACGACACGGACCGCGGGAGGACCGAUGCGCCCAAGUUUACCAUCAGCACCCUCAUUGAAGCGCUGGCCAGCAACACGUUGAGGGAGCUGGCCGGCGCCUCAGGGGGUGAACACUAG